CUACGCGCAGAUGUGGCGUCUGGAUAAACAAUUAUCGUCUCUCUAUCGUACUUGUAUAAGUACUCCACUACCGGUUAAAGCUUCGUUUCUGGUAGCAGGUUAACGAAAGAUGGAAGUACGACCGGAAUUAAUAUCGGAACUCCGUGAAAAGUUUUUUAAAAAAUUGAAUAAUGAGGGACCACCAGAUCGUAAAGAAUUUCAUCCGGACGAUAUUGCCAGAAUAGAUAAUAACAACUGGUUAAAACGAUUUUUAGAACACAAUGAUAAUGAUAUACAAGAAUCGCUUAAUAUGUUAUGGGAAUCUUGUACUUGGAGAAGAAAAUUUGGCACAAAUGAGAUUACUGAAGAAAAUGUGAGAAGAGAUUAUUUGGAAGAUGGAUUAUGUUUCGUCCAUGGUAAAGACAAAGAUGGUAAACCAAUGUUUGUUAUUAAGUGUAAAUUGUACACUAAAGGAAGUAAAGAUUUUAAAGAACUUCAAAAAAUUGUUGUCUAUUGGUUUGAAAGAUUAGAAAGAUAUACUAAUGGCAAUCAAAUAUCACUUUUCUUUGACAUGGCAGACACUGGUAUUUUAAAUUUGGAUAUGGAGUUCAUUAAGUAUCUAAUUGGUCUUUGUAAAAAUUACUAUCCAAACUUUUUAAACUAUAUUAUUAUUUUUGAAAUGCCAUGGAUACUGAACACUGCUUUCAAAAUUAUAAAAUCAUGGUUGCCACCGAAAGCAAUCCCAAAAAUUAAAUUUGUUCAAAAUAACAACAUACAAGAGUUUGUAGAGUCCAAUGAUGUACUCACAUGUUGGGGUGGUCCUAAUGAUUAUGUCUUUACAUUUGUACCAGAAGCACAAAAUAGUAUGGACGCUACCAUGAAUGGAAAACUUGAUAACAAAAAGGUGCAUUUUGCAGAAGGAUCUCCAAUAACAGAACAAUCUCCAAGCAAUAUUGGAGAUCAGGAAAACGAAGAAGAAUUGUUAUCUAUUGAACAAAAAAUCAUUACAUUUAAUAAGAUGGGAAAUGAAAUUGUUGGAAUAAUUACAAUCAAGAAUGCAACUUCCGACCAGCCUUUGUCUUAUAAGAUAAAGACAACAUCUCCUGAAAAAUUCAAAGUACGACCAAAUUUAGGAGUUCUAUUACCUCAACAACAGCGUAUCGUCAACGUCGUUUUACAGCCUGAAUAUAAUGUUCGUGGUCUUUCAGACAAUGAUAGAUUUUUAGUUAUGUGUCUUCCAUUGAAAAAUGCAAACACACCUGCUCAAAAAUUAUCUGCACUUUGGAAGACUGAAACAUCAGUAGAAGACCAUAGAUUACGAUGUUGUGAUGGAGAAGCAGCAAGUAAUGAUAUACAAAGACCAUAUUCUAUAUUAUCAUCUGGAAUGUCAGAAAAUAGCAGAACAAUUGAUACACUUUUCCAUAGAGUAACACACUUGAAAGAAAGUAACACAAAACUCCACAGUGACAUCACUUUCUUAAAAUACUCAUUAUUGUUUUCAAUAAUAGUGACAAUUGUAAUGGCUAUAUUGGUUGUUUACAUUUUAAGGAUUGAUAUUAAAAAUUCUAUGGACCAAGAGGCCUGUCACAUUCCACAUGGUAUAGAAUCUUUCAACUAG